UGAAGCUGCUGUCACCCCGAUAUCCAUGUAACCGAGUCCUAACACAUAGCAUGAUUUUUCUCCGACCCAAAACGGCUCGCUGGGCCGCUAUUCCUCUUUCGGCAGCCACGGAUUGUACCGUACCCCGGCCAAGACCAUAUCGGACCGGAGAAUCAUGUCACCGUGCCCCCCAAACAGGCUAGCUCAACCCUUUCCUCUUCGCGUGGCUGGACUGCAAGCAAAAGCAAAAGGACGACGCAGUUUCAGUUGUUCAGCCAGCGCGGAUUCAAAAUCGACGACGAACGACAGACGAGACACGGGCACUCGACGGACAACUAUCUUCACACGCCUCCGUUACCUACUUUCCCCAUCUAUAUAGCGCUAGUUUGCUAUUGCAUCCGCCUGCGCCUAUUUCCCCCCUUCUACGAGCUCGUUCGCUCGGCGCAAUUCCAUGCCCCUUAGUCCCUGGUAUCCACGCAAUUGACUGUCACCGCGACUUUUUUCUUAAAUACCUGUAGAAACGGAAAAGUCAAAGGGAGAAGGGUGUACGCUUACAACAAGCUAUUUAGCCCUAUCAGGACUGGAGGACCUCUUGAAUGGCCUGGCAGCCGUCAUCUGCCAUGGCUGGGAACGGGGGAAUGGCUGCAGGGAGUGAUGGUGCUUCUGCUCACAUGGGCCAUCAACAGGGCACGGAAUACACGUUGCAAGGUGUGAUGCGGUUCCUACAGACUGAAUGGCACCGACAUGAGCGAGAUCGAAAUGCGUGGGAGAUUGAGCGUGCUGAAAUGAAGUCGAGAAUUGGUAGAUUAGAGGGCGAUGCCCGUACUAGCAAGCGAAUGCACGAGACGUUAGGCAAACAUGUCAAGAUGCUUGAGGCUGCUUUGAAAAAAGAACGGGAGAAAGUCAAGAGCCUAUCUGCAGGAGAGGCUGUCGACGUGACCAAGGACUCAAAGGAGCUUGCCAAAGAAAACCUCAAAGCGCUACCAAAACAACGAUCAGCACCUAAUAUUGCCCAAAUCGACCCCAAUCGUAACGUUGAAAAUUCGUCCAACCCAGAUGUCCGUCAGGACUCAGAACGUGAAAAGUCUCGCAUGUAUCUUGGAAAAUGUUCCCAGGAAGUUGCCUAUCAUAUAAUCCCUGGUUCCCAUCCUCCUCCAGAAUUACUGGACCAGCAGGAAAUGUCGGAUCAUGGGUAUCAAAACCACCAAAUGCAGAGACCGUCCCUUGAAGACGCAUAUGUACAACAUCAAUAUCAGCACCAGCAAAAACAGAAAAUCCAACACCAACAACAGCAACAGCAACAAAAUCACGUAAAUAUGGUCCGCGAGCCGUCGAUACAUCAACCCCUUGCGUCUAGUUAUUCUGAAAAUCUCAAUGCUGGCCGACCCCAGUCGAAUCAAAGCCAGCAAGAACAACUUGAAGGGCAUCCAUUCGACCAGCAACGUCCACAUCCUAUCCCCAUGGAUCGCCGGAACGACCCUUUUGAUCAUCCCCCUGUUACUGAUGAAGAGGUGGAAUCAAUUACGCAUACUUUCGACUCGUAUGGAAAGCAGGUCCCCGCUUCUGUUUCACCUCAACCCACCGUCCCCAGGGAACCUUUAUCCGAUGAUGCCGAUGGCUGGAAUUUUGAUGAACCUCCAGUGAAUGUUACAUCCCCAUCAAGCGGAGCACAUCAUCGACCUGAUACGGAUGUUUUCCCUAAGGCUAAUUUUGUUCCCCCAAAAUCCCCGCCUAGAGGAGGACCGGGAUCUCAUAGGAGGAAAAGUUCAGGAAGGCGACACAGCGAAGGGACGACCGAUUCUCGUGAGCUAGGUACCUUGAGCGGACUAAUGGCUGACGCGUUGAACUUCAAAGUUCGAUUCGCGUUGCGCGGCCAUCUAGAUGUUGUUCGAUCCGUUAUCUUUACCGGUGGGGGCAGCCCAUCAGAACCGGAAAUAUGUACAUGCGGCGAUGAUGGAACAAUCAAGCGUUGGAUUAUUCCAGCAUCCUAUGGUAGCUUUGGGCCCCAUAGUAGCAGUCCAAAUAAUGACCUUGAUAUAACGAGUUACUUCACUCAUCGUGGGCAUUCGGGUCCAGUCACCUGCCUGGCAGCAUGCCCUCCUGCUCCCAACUUUUCGAGCGGUGGUCGUGCUCUUGGAGAUGGCUGGGUAUUCUCGGGCGGUCAGGAUGGAAGCGUUAAAGUGUGGGAAAGGGGUCGAGUUGACCCGAAAGCCUCUCUAGAUACACAUACAGAUUCGGUGUGGGCUUUGUGUGUUCUUCCAGGUACUGCAGGAUCUAUCCUUGGCGAUCAAUGCAGCCAUUCCGGUGGUCCCGAUCGAAUAAUCCUUGCAUCGGGAGGCUCCGACGGGAGGGUGUUGAUAUGGGCUGUGAGUGCUCCACCCCAACUGGCCUCUCCACAAGCUGGAAAUAGAAGGGUUGGGGGAAGUCGAAGAGCAAAUUCAAUCUCCUCUGGUUCAAACUUCCCUUCCUCGCCGCAGCCAAGCACUGCAAGUGCAACACCCUUUCACUACACGUUGAUUCAUCACAUAAUCCGGUCCAAUUCUCCCUCCCCUACGUCUAUCAGCCCCUUGUCACUUGCUGGCGUCAACUUUGUUGUUUCAUAUGCGGACGCCUCCAUCAUUAUCUAUGACACUCGAUCUGGGGAAGAAAUCGUUGGGAUGGCUAGCUUGGAAACUUACGACGGGACUCGUGCGACUGGCGUUAACUCUGUAGUGGCAAGCACGGUUGGGUUUGAUGGGACGGUGAACUUGGACCCCAACAGAGCUUUGGCAGAAGAAGAAACCAUUGUGCAUGGGGCCACUGGCACUAGUGGUGGAGUCGAAGGCGUUGUUAUCAGUGGCUAUGAAGACCGUUAUAUUCGAUUUUUUGAUGCCAAUAGUGGUCAAUGCACUUACACUAUGCUCGCCCACCCUGCUGCAAUCUCCUCUCUCUCUCUCUCUCCAGAUGGUCGCGAGCUCGUUUCUGCAGGUCAUGAUGCAAGCCUACGCUUCUGGUCACUAGAGAAGCGGAAUUGUGCGCAGGAGAUUACCAGUCAUCGACUUCUGCGAGGAGAGGGUGUUUGCUCUGUAGUUUGGAGUCAAGAUGGACGAUGGGUUGUGAGCGGGGGUGGGGAUGGAGUGGUUAAGGUCUUCGCGAGAUAAUGAUAAAUGGUUCGGAGUUCUUGUCCCCUCAGUCUCGUUGCCUUGUUUGGUGCUUGUUGCUUGGGUUUCACGGUCAAAUUUAAUGGGACUGUAAGCCCUAGUGUUAUAACCAAUGUUCCGCGCGGCUCUUUUCUUUGUUCCCAUUCUAUAUUGUAUGUCCAACCUCAGCUGUCAUAAACUUCAUGUCCCUUGUCUUGCUACUCCCACUCUUCUCCCCCUUCCCCCUUUUAUUUCCCCCUCCCGCUUCCGUCUUCUGACUGCCUUUUUGGCCCCGGCGCGUUUGCACAUUUUCUUGGACACUAUUGAAAAUAACUCAGAUGGCCGCCAUAUGUAAUAUCCGCCUAUACUUCAUGCCUCCUGACGAUACCUAAAUACCCUCUAUCAACUGUCAGGGAAGCGUUGUGGUGUUUACAUCCUGCUUCGUUCCUUCUUUUUCUUUUUCUUUCUUUUUAUGCGAUUGUAUAUUUGAUGACAGGGUAAGCGAAACUUUAUAUUCUGUUGUUAUCUUCUGUGUAUUAACAUAUUUUCUAUUUGUAUUCCCGCCACCGCUCAAAGGCACUUCAAAUCACACCAUCGUUGCUUUCCUCUCGGAGCGAAGUAAUUAAUAUAUACAUAUAUAUGAAUGUGAAAUGCUCCACAUGCGUUCUACGUCAUAACCAUACCAGCCGUAACGAGAUCGGGAUCUCACAGUAAACAAAAGCUAAUACAUUCGCACCAAGGCGAACUAAAUAUUUUAUAGACAUAAGCUACUGGGAGGAAGUCCACGCUUUUCUAAACAUGGAUUUAAUCUGCGAUGCCUGAGCCGGGUCCUUCACUUUAGACGUCAUAAAGGACUCUAGAUCGUCCCAGAACUCCUCAGUCGACAGAACAUCCUGCGCGGUACUUGGGUGGUUUUCCACCGGACCCUGAGCAGGAAGUGAUUCGGACGGUUCUUUCAAGAGGACAUUUUCCUCCGCCUUGGGAGUUACAGGGGCAAGUGUAGCUCCACCGAGAAUCAUGACACCCAGCUCGAUCUCCUUUCCCCCCGAGAGUGCGGUAGAAUCGCUUCCUAGAAUAUCCGCUAUUGUCUGUCCUUGCACAGGCUUCUUCUUCCAUAAUAUCUUUAUCUUAUCCAGAGGCACACGGCUAGGCUUCUUCUCACUGUCUGCCGUCUGGACCCUCUCUUGGACGGUUUCCCGAAGUUCCUUGACUGUAGUUGAAGAUAUGGCGCAAUUAUCCAGCGUCACAUGUAGAGUCGGAUUUCUGGCUGACUUCAAGUGAAUGGUUAUUGACUUUGAUGACCCUGGAGUCGCCGUUUGUUUUCUUUUCUUGGGCAUCGGGGGGUGGAAAUCAGAGAGGCGGGGCAGGGUGUACUGAGGGAUAACAGAGGCAUCGGUCAGGUUUUAGGGAUCUGAUCACUGAUUCUUGGCUAGUUGUUUUCUCUUACCGGGUGUGGAGCCGAGAAGCUGCUGGGGUCGAAGACAUAAUCACCAGGAAGCUUCACGGGCCGCGUAUCGAGUGCCGCGAGGAACGAUUUGGUAAAAGUAAGCUCUGCCAUGAUGUGCGGUAUUUUACUAUGGGCCCUCCCAAGCGUAGUUGCUGGC